AACAAAAAGACUGAGGGAAGAAAGCGGCGAGGAGCGGAGGAGAGGGCGGCGGGAGGAGGCGGCUGUGGCGGCGGCUCCUCAGCCCCUGCUCUGGGCCAGCUGUACUGUGGUGCCCGGUGAAGCCCCCAGCGGUGACCCUGCCCCCUGCACUGGGGAUGGCUGUGCCGAGCGGCUGUGCUCCGCUACCUGUGUGGCCCGGCCGGGGCUCUGCUGCUGCUGCUGCUGCGGGGAUGAUGUGAAGAGGAGAACCCGCAGUCACCAGGAGGAUCUCACCCCCAGCUGUGCCCCCUCCGGAUGCCUCUGCCCGGCUGCAGAUAAUGUGAUCUCCUCCGGGCCGGUGCUAUAUCUAUGUGCCGCUUCCUGCAUCGUUCUCCGUCCAGCUGCGCGCGGCUGUUCCUGCAGCUGUCUUAGGGCGCCCCGGCUUCUUCUUCUGACCGUCCAAGGAAGCUCUGUCCACAUCUGGAUUACAAGAAGGGAGGAGGAAGAGUGACUCUUGGGCUCCCAUCUCUAUCCCUGGACCCCCCCCCCCCAACCACCACCACCCAACGCCAAGGGUGAUGAUGACGAUGGAGAAGGACAGCCUGGCAGAUCAGCAGUACGAGUGUGUGGCGGAGAUCGGGGAGGGGGCGUACGGCAAGGUGUUCAAGGCUCGGGACCUGAAAAAUGGAGGGCGCUUUGUGGCCCUGAAGCGAGUGCGAGUGCAGACCGGAGAAGAGGGGAUGCCGCUGUCCACCAUACGGGAGGUGGCGGUGCUACGACACCUAGAGACCUUCGAGCAUCCCAACGUGGUCAGGUUAUUCGAUGUAUGUACCGUUUCGCGGACAGACAGGGAGACGAAGCUUACACUGGUUUUUGAACACGUCGACCAAGAUUUGACAACUUAUUUGAAUAAAGUGCCAGAGCCUGGAGUUCCCAAUGAAACAGUAAAGGAUAUGAUGCAUCAGCUCCUUCAAGGAUUGGACUUUCUCCAUUCGCACAGAGUAGUACAUCGAGACCUUAAACCUCAGAACAUUCUGGUCACUAGCAAUGGACAGAUAAAGUUAGCAGACUUUGGCCUUGCGAGGAUCUACAGCUUCCAGAUGGCCCUCACGUCAGUGGUGGUGACAUUAUGGUACAGAGCACCCGAAGUUCUCCUCCAGUCUAGCUACGCCACUCCGGUGGAUCUUUGGAGCGUUGGAUGUAUAUUUGCAGAAAUGUUUAGACGGAAACCUUUGUUUCGUGGGAACUCUGAUGUGGAUCAGCUGCAGAAGAUAUUUGAUGUGAUUGGGCUUCCAGAAGAAGAGUCAUGGCCGAGUGAAGUGGCCGUUCCGCAGAGCUCAUUCCAUUACCGACAACCACAACCCAUAGAAGAUGUUGUUCCAGACAUUGAUGAGUUAGGAAAAGAUUUACUGCUGAAAUGUCUGAUAUUCAGUCCGGAAAAGCGCAUAACAGCGUUCAGCGCCCUGUCACAUCCUUAUUUUCACGAUAUACAGACAAACAAGGACAGCAUGGACCGUCAUAGGGCGUGCGGGCCGAGGGCGGCCGACGAGACGAUGGCCGAAGCCGGGAGUCCUUGAGCCGCGCUGAUGAUAUGAACAACGCAACGCUGCCGGGGGGAAGGGCUCGUCGGAAGCCAUUAACAUUUUGCAGCCAUCUGCUAGUGAACUCUGUUUACUUCAAUGAAAUCAAUGCAAGCCCAGCGCAGCUUUACCUGUUUUGUAAAUUUUUGGUGUUUUUCGUUGCUGGAUUGUUGCCGGUGUAAAGCUGCUGAGCAAAUGAUGCUGCCUUUAACUUAACACUGAGGCUGCGGUGUUGUAUAGGUUCAUCCGGUCACUGCCACCACAUGAUGGACUCCAUUUUACCAGCUGCUAAACAUAGAAGAUUUAUUUUUCAAUGCUUUUUCAGUGAAACCUACCCUGUACCUACAUAGGGGGGAGGGGGGGCAGUCAUGGACAGAAGGUUUAUUUCCGGGCCCUAGGUAAAAAGCUACCAAAGCCUGAAAACCGACUGCAGAUAAAUGGGUUAUCCUGAACCAUAAACACAAGUUUUAUGUUUUUUUCUUGAAAAUGUUUUAAUAUACCUUUGAAAUUUGCCGCUAAUCCUGUAUUACCGAUCACCAGGGUCCAGUCACUGGCCACAACGGUGACAUCGUACCACUGACCGGCAACAUGGAAAUAACCCAUAAUAUAAAAGGGUACCUUUCAUCAAAAAAACUUUUUAUAUAUUACUGAUUAAUGUAUGCAGAAUAACUUUCCAAUUGCAUGUUAUUAAAAAAUAUGCUUCUAUCUAUUUAAUUUUCCA